AUGAAAGAUCUUGGAGGGAUUAAAUAUUUCUCAGGGAUUGAAUUCUCAAGACCAAGGAAAGGAAUUCACAUGUGCCAAAGGAAAUAUGCAGUGGAGUUGGUAUCAGAACUGGGCUUAUUAGGUGGCAAACCAGUAUCUACUCCUUUGGAGUUCAAUCAUAAGUUGACCUCUGUGGAGUUUGACAAGUUAACAGAUGACAAACAUGAGAAUAAUGAGUCUCAUACCGGUGACAAAUGUGCAAAGUUUGAUCCUCAGCUAAUAGAUAGAGGAAGAUACCAAAGAAUCAUAGAGUCACUUAGAGGCUGCAUUCAGAGUUGUGAAGUAUAUAAAGGGGUGCCCAGGAUUGGGUCAUUCAUGCCAUCUAGAACCAGUUCAGAACUUACAGCAUUUUGUGACGUAGAUUGGGGAGCAUGUGUUGAAACCAGAAAAUCUGUAACUGGGUAUGCUAUCAAGUUUGGAGAUGCAUUGAUCUUAUGGAAAUCCAAGAAACAAAAUACUGUGUCUAGAAGUUCAGCUGAAGCUGAAUUCAGAAGCAUGGCCACUCACAUUCCGAGAUAA